CCACACAGGGAGUGAGUGAGUGAGGGGUGCCAGCCAGGAGGGUUACCAUACUUGGAAUGUCAUAGUGAUGUGAAAGCAUUUCUUUUUGACCCCAUAGUUUAACUUCACGGCCAACGACAUCUUUCAAUAAAGCUGACAAAAAAAUCCCCCAAAAUCUUGAAGCUAGCUAAGUGAAGGACGAGCAGGCUAAACGCUAACCAGGGGGAGAAUUCAGCCAAACAGUGAGCGGGUACCGUUUGAUGCGAUGAUGAAUUUAACACCCCAGGAGCCUUAGAGGAAACAUGUCAGUAUAACACUUCGAUACAGGUGUGUUAGAGCUACUGUCAACAGCGCCCGAAAUUGCCAUACCUUUCUAAUUCUUCGUCACUGAGCAGGUCCAUAUCAGGGUCCAUGUUCACAGCAUCACAGUUCUCCAUCGCCAUUUUGCCGUGGACGGGUGUGGGCGGGGCCUCAUACUGCAGCAGUGACGUACACUGUAAACAGGAAGUAGUCCGCCUGAUUCGUAAACCAGAGAGAGGGUCAUGGGAAAAAGCUGCAAAGUGGUCGUGUGUGGUCAGGCUGCAGUGGGUAAAACAGCAGUACUGGAACAACUGCUGUAUGCCAAUCAUGUUGCAGGUUCAGAGCCCAUGGAGACCCUGGAGGAUAUCUACAUUGGCUCCAUAGAAACUGACCGUGGCACACGAGAGCAGGUGCGCUUCUAUGACACCCGUGGGCUUCGGGAUGGGAUCGAGUUUCCUCGACAUUACUUCACCUUUGCCGAUGGCUUUGUACUUGUGUACAGCGUUGACAGUAAAGAGUCUUUCAAGCGGAUGGAGGCCCUGAAGAAGGAAAUUGACCGUCACAGAGACAAGAAAGAGGUGACCAUUGUUGUGUUGGGGAACAAGCUGGACAGGCAGGACGAGAGGAGAGUCGAUGCUAACAUAGCCCAGAACUGGGCGAAGAACGAGAAGGUGCGUCUGUGGGAGGUGUCAGUGGUGGAUCGGCGCACACUCAUUGAACCCUUCGUCUAUCUGGCCAGCAAAAUGACCCAGCCCCAGAGCAAGUCCACCUUCCCUCUCAGUCGCAAUAAGAACAAGGGAAGCGGUUCUACAGACAGCUAAAUGAGCAGAGCCGGGUGCUGUGUAGAGGAAAGAGAGGGCGACAGGAGAGGGAACAACCUAUUUUGAUAUAGUGAAGGUUUGAGGUAGCAGGAGUUGGUUAUGGAGAGAAAGCAGGAUGAUUGUAUGGAAACAUUUAUAGAGAGUGUUUUUGGUAUUGCUGCAGCAUCUGAACUUGAUACAACUUUAUCAUAACUGAGUGAGGGUUCUGAUCUCUUGGUGCAUCAGCUACACACUGAAGAAUACAAGGUGUCUCUGUUUGUUAUUCCCUUUGUAUUAACUUUUAUGACCGUCAAAGGUUUCAUCCAUAUUCUUUGCAGUUACGUAUUGUUGUUGACUUUAUCAUGUUGGACCAUGACAGUGAAGUUCUUUAACUACUGACCGUCAGCAUUCUGAUCUUGGAUUCAACUUUAACAGUCAGUUUUAAAGAAACAGACUCGUAGUGCUGACAGUAAAGAUCAAUCAGGACCUGCCCACAUGAACACUGGAUAGUUUUAUUGACAUGAACACUAUGAGUACACACAGACUGACAUCACUCAUGUCACCUGAUGAUUACAUCUCACAAAUGCUGGACUUUACAUGUUUUAAAAGUUACAACAGGUGAAGGGAUUUUAUUGAUUCAUCAAUGAUUAUAAUAUGUACAGUAACUUUGCUGUUUGUUGAACCUGUUUGUUACACUUUAUAUAUUCUUUACUGAAAGUAAAUGAUUGACAUUCCUUCUACACAUAUCAACUGUAUAUCUUUACAGGCUUUAAAAUGUCAUAUGUGAUAUAAAAGAUGUUCUGAUGAAUCAUUGUUUCUGCUGGCUCAGGUGCUACUUUUUCUGGUUAUGACACAUUGAAGACAUAAAUCAUUAUAGUCAAAUGUUCUGGCUUUAACAACACAGCUCAUCAUAUAUUUAGAUACAUGUCUGAUGAGGUCAAGGCUGAGUCUUUUCCUAUUUUCUCUUUUUUUUUGAAGAGGCAAAAUCAAAUCUGAUCGCUAUUCAGGGGUGCAACACUCUUAAAGGCAUGAGCAGCUUUUGUUGUUUGUUUUAUUGAAAGGGAAAUGUGUUGUUAUUGUCUGGAGUAUCAAGAGUUUGUACCAGAGUUGAUCAGACUUGUGUAUCGUACAUGCAAACUAUUUUUGUUGUAAAAAAGCUUUUAUGUAUGCAUAUCAUCGAAUAUUAUUCACUUGAUUUUUGUUUGCAUGACUUGUAAACAAAUAAAGUGAUUGUUUCUGUGCCUAAA